AAAAACAAUGUGACAGCAGGAAACAACGUCUAUAUUAUUUGUAUUUAGGGCAGGUCACAAAUAAUUAGCAAAAAGAACACAAAUAUUAGUUAUAUUCUUCAUGCGUUAGCUAGAAAAUAUAUAAGCUAAAAUGUCCGUUCCCAGUGGCUCUGAUGGGCCCGGCGUAAUUCCCAACAGUGCAUUGUCGUUUGUUGCGCCUGCGCAGCCCUGCCCGGAUCCAGAAGUCCCGAAUAACUUGGAGGAUACGACGAAAGAACAAAUGGCACAAGAUCGUCUCAUACCGGCCGGUCUGAAAGCGCUGUGUGAAGCCUGCUCCAAGGUGUACCCUGACCAGCCCAACCCUCUUCAAGUGACCACCAGACUGAAAUACUGGCUCGGCGGCCAUGAUCCCCUGGACUACAUCAGUAUGUACUGGAACCCUGGGAAGCCUGAUGAACACAUACCACCACACUGGCAUUACAUCAGUUUCGGGCUGUCGGACUUGCAUGGCGACGGGCGGGUGCAUCCUCCGCCGGACCGCGUGGUGCUGGCGGCGCCCCCCGCGCCCGCAGGCGAGCCCCCGGUCUCCGGCUGCGGCCUGGAGCUGACGUUCCGUCUGGCGGCGGCCCCGCCCCCCGCGCCGCCCCCGCUGUGGCCCGCCGCGCUGCUGCAGGCUCUCGCUAGAUAUAUAUUUGCGACUGGUAAUAAAUUCUACGCGGGCGAUCACAUAUCGUGGCACGCGCCGCUCGACGGCGGCGGGUCCAGGGUUCGACACCUGCUCGUGGCACAAGAUCCACAGUUGCCGACCACCAGUGGUCCCUACGGUACAGUUAACUUUCUCCAGUUGGUUGGAUGCACGGGCCGUGAACUGCGAGCAGCACAGCGAGGGUCCGGGUUCGAUGUCCUGAAGCUGAUCGGCAAUGAUCACAGAUGCGGCGGCGCGUGGCUGGUGACGCGCGUGUGUCGGCGGCGGUCUGCGGGCGGCGUGGGAGCCCCGGGAGCCCCGGGGGGGGCGGGCGGCGGCCCCGCGCACCUCGCGGGGGUGUCCGCGAGGCUCCGCUGGCAGCCCUGGCCGCACUCACAGCCUCGUGAAGGUACUGAGCCGGCGUCCCCCUCGGAGCUGUCCCCCACAGUGGAGCAGCAGAUCAAAGACACGCUGCAGCGGGGACUCACCACCAUGAGCAACGACCGCACGGGACCUGAAGGUCACAUGUCAACGGACAGUUUUGAGUUAUCAAGCAUUGAACGAGCUCUGCCCCACGUACCAGAAUUAAUGCAGGGUUCUUGGAGAAGUGAAGAGAGCACUGUAGACUAUUUGGACGGUGUUCAUCUGAUCUUGAAUCCAGAGGGAGCCAGCUUGCUGCCUCUUGCUAUAGACGGGCGGGUACUCCACGGGCGGCACUUCACGUGGCGGUCAGGCGCGACGGCGGCCACGCUGCUGUCACCAGCCGUCAGCGGAGCCCUAACCACCUGCGAGCGGCCGUACGCCCUCAGCGGCGCCUGGCUACAGAUGUUGAUACCAAAAGAUCUCGCAGAGGACAUGUCGAAACAGGUCUCCAACCUGUCGGCGCUGGCCGAGACUGACUCCGAGUCAGACAGCGAGGGGGAGAGCGAGAGGGACAGCGCGCCAUCGCUCCCUCUCACUCUAACGUGGCACAAACACAAACUGAAGAUAUCUGUAGUGCACGAUCAUGAGUUAUUGUAAAUAAAUAAAUAA